AUGGUAAACUGGACUGAACUACCAAGCGAGAUUAUCAGUGCCGUAUGUGACUACCUAAGUUAUUCCGAACGUCGAACGUUGGCGAUGGUAAAUCAACGUUGCGAACAGAUCGUCAACGCGCGACGUGAGAAAUUCGCCGGCAUCAUCGUACGCGGAAUGCCGUCCAUUAAUUAUUAUUUUAUUGACGUGGCGUUUGAUGACGGUUCACGCCUACGAAAGGAGUUUAGUACAACGUAUUGUGGUACGACUGAUGUGAAAACGGUGUUAACGAAUCGCUCAAAUCCAUUCGGUUGCUCAACUACUGGUCGAAUGAGAAAUGUGUCACCAUUUCAGUUAAUGAGUGCCUAUUUUAAACUUAUCCUUCGGCGGAGUAUGGUAGAUACGCUGUAUAUUGGGUUGGUCGGCGCGGUGCCAUUGUUAAAAGUCGUUGAUUGUCGAGCGUUGAAUAUUGUUCUACCAGAAGAAUUGGUUGAUAACGACGUUCGACUGAAAUCUGCUCAUCAAACGAAAAUGACAAAAGUGCUUUGA